AUGUCUUCUAAAAAAUCAAGUGAUUAUCAAUGGGCUACUACUAAAAGUGGUGAGGUUGAUAAAAGAUAUGCUCAUCCUGUAAUGACCAAAAAAGAUGGCACAAGGGAUAUGAGAACCAACUCUGGUUCUCAACUUAAAAAAUAA